GCUCCAAACGAGUUCAUGCUUGCUACAGGGUUUGUAAGCAGAGGGCAAGGCGGUGCACAAGCGAAGUGAUGGCCGAGCACGGGGCCCACAUCACGGCGGCCGCUGUGCUGGACGACCAGCCCUCCAUAUUCGAGGUGGUAGCACAGGACAGUCUGAUGACAGCGGUGAGACCUGCUCUUCAGCAUGUGGUGAAGGUUCUGGCAGAAUCAAAUCCUGCCCGUUAUGGUUUCCUUUGGAAGUGGUUUGAUGAAAUCUUUGCCCUGUUAGAUUUUUUGCUCCAACAACAUUAUCUGUCUAAAACCAGUGCCUCAUUUUCAGAAAAUUUUUAUGGCUUAAAGCGGAUUGUAAUGGGAGACACACACAGGCUCCAGAGACUGGCCAGUGCUGGUCUCCCAAAUAAGCAACUUUGGAAGUCAAUUAUAUUACUGGUUCUUCUUCCAUACCUGAAAGUGAAGCUGGAGAAGCUGGUUUCUAGCUUGAGAGAAGAGGAUGAAUAUUCAAUCCACCCCCCUUCUUCCCGAUGGAAACAAUUUUAUAGAGCCUUCCUGGCAGCUUAUCCAUUUGUUAACCUGGCCUGGGAAGGCUGGUUUCUUGUACAGCAACUUCGCUAUAUCUUAGGAAAGUCUCAGCAUCACUCUCCUCUGCUGAGUCUAGCUGGAGUACGGCUUGGCCGGCUUACAAUUCAGGAUAUACAAGCUCUGGAACGCAAAGCAGCAGAAGCCCACACAAUGCAACAACCAGCCAGGAGUGUUAGAGAGAAAGUAACUUCUGCUCUGAAGAAAGCUGUGGGGGGUGUUGCCGUAUCCCUGUCAUCAGGCCUGUCUAUGGGUGUGUUCUUCCUGCAGUUCCUUGAGUGGUGGUACUCCUCUGAAAACCAAGAGACCAUCAAGUCGCUGACUGCUCUGCCUACACCCCCACCACCUGUACAUUUAGACUACAAUUCUGAUUCUCCCCUGUUACCCAAGUCAAAGACUGUCUGCCCACUGUGUCGUAAGACCAGGGUAAACGACACAGUUCUGGCCACUUCUGGUUAUGUGUUUUGUUACCGCUGUGUAUUUAAUUAUGUGAGGAGUCACCAAACUUGUCCCAUUACAGGUUAUCCAACAGAAAUACAACAUCUGAUUAAGCUGUACUCUCCUGAAAACUGAAGGGAAUUUCCAUCUUAUUCCACUACAAAUUGGUUGCACUAUAAGGUCACAGGGCUAACUUUCGGUAUGGUGUGGAACAAUUUAUUGUUUCUCAGCCUCAAUUCCUAAUUAUGCAAUUCUUAAAAAAGCAUACAGACUUUUUCAAAAAGGAUAUAUCUACUGAUACUAACCUUUUCCCUUGCCCUCUAGACCUCUACUUCAACUUGACCAGACUGAUUAGGGUAGGAGAAGCAAGAUUGCAAGGGACUUGCAGGUCAAUGUAGAAGAAAUGUAGGUGAAGAGAUUAAUUAGUACAGAAGUAUUUCCUGUUCUUGUCCUUAAAGAACAAGCACAGGGCUGGAGAGCAAGUACAGAGGUUAAGGUGCUUGUCUUGCAACACAGUUCGGAUCCUGGUUUGCACAACAGGAUUCCCUGAGCAAUGCAACUGUGUCCCCGCCCCACCCUGCUCUUCCCUUUCUAAAAAGAGAUACAGCUCUCAGAAGAAUGGGAAGGGAAAGCUAGCCUUUCUUUAAUCUGCCUCUGAUAGAGGCUUGAUCAGUUUACAAUGUGAAAUAUGGACCUGUU